AUGUCUUUCCACAAGCUGCGUCUUCUCGUUUUCAGCUCGCUGAUCAACUGCUCAUUGUGUGCCCAUGUGGUGUUCGUCGAUCGCUUCACCUUCACUGUCGACGAUCGAGACCUGUUCCUGUCCCAGAGUGCGGUGGUCGAACAGGAUGGCAAUCGCAGUUAUCUAUCUGGCCAUAUGAUGAUUAAUCGAUUGGUGAAUGAUCUAACAUUGACUUCAUCGAUGGACAUUACGCGUCCUCAGCGACCGGAACUACGGCUAUAUAAUGUUCAGCUCAACUUCUGUUCGGUCCUCAACAAUGGCUAUAAGAAUAAGUUUAUCAGAAUGCUGUACAAUAACUAUGCGGAGUUCCUGAACACCAAGCCCAAGUGUCCACUUAAGCCGAAUUUUAACUACUCCCUGCAUAGGGCCUAUAUCGACGAGGCCAUGCUGCCAGAUCUACUGCCGGAGUGCACUUAUCGCUUGAAAAUGUCCUUUAAGCACAAAUCCAAACUAUUAGCCCACAUGCAAAUUGAUGGACGAUUGCUCAGCAAACGUUAACACUAAAAUAUCUUUAUUUGCUCGUUUUCAAUAAAAUAGAAAAGAAAAAGAAAAGAAAUUAUGUGCAAAGCCCAAAAAUAAUUUUCAUAUUGGGGAUUCGGUUCGAUUACUGCGAUAAUUACUGUCACAUUAACCAAUCGACGGGCAUGGCAAGAAUGGUUCAUAAAUUGAAACAUGCAUGACUUUGGCAGCAUUGGAAUACAUUAUUCUAAUGUAUGGAAAGCCCAUUAUGAUUGUCCAAAU